AUGGCUAAUUCGUAUUCAUCAUCUUCUUCUUCUAAUCAUGGCAACGAGUUUUAUGAAUUUGGGGAAAGGUUUCCAAUUGUCCAUUGUAGGUGUGGUGAGCAACUGAAGAUACGCACUUCAUGGACAGCUGAGAACCCAGGUCGUAGAUUUUGGCAAUGCGUGGGUGGUAAUAGGAAGGUGGGAUGUGGUUUUAUUGAUUGGUAUGAUACUCCAAUGUGCUAUCAUUCAAAGCGAAUAAUUCCAGGAUUGCUAAAACGCAUCAACCGACAAGAUGAAGAGAUACGAAAAUUGAAUUCGAAACUUAGAAGUGAACAAGGUUUGAAGUCCAUGAACAAGGCUUUUGGUCCUGCAUUACCAUUCAUGUAUGAAUUGUGGUUGGAUAUGUAUGUUGGACAAACUUAUGGAAAUCACAUGCUGCAUUACCAUUCACAAAAAAGCAGUGUACAUUGA